GUGACCGGUAGCGGUAGCGGCGAGGCCCGGCGGUGGGCGCCGCCAUGUCAGUCAGCAGCUGCACCUUCGAUGACCGAUGCGUGUCGGUGCUGUGCUGCCGGUUCUGCCAGCAGGUGCUGAGCACGCGGGGGAUGAAGGCCGUGCUGCUGGCAGACACCGACAUCGAUCUCUACUCCACCGACAUCCCGCCCUCGGGCACUGUUGAUUUCAUUGGAAGCUGCUAUUUUACCAAUACCUGCAAAUGCAAACUGAAGAACAUCGCGUGUUUAAAGUGUGGUAACGUUGUUGGUUAUCAUGUGAUUUCUCCCUGCAAACCUUGCCUGCUGUCUUGCAAUAAUGGCCACUUCUGGAUGUUUCACAGCCAAGCAGUCUUUGGCAUCAACAGACUAGACUCUUCUGGUGUCAAUGUAUUGCUCUGGGGCAACUUGCCAGAUCUGGAGGAGAGCACAGAUGAAGAUACAACCUGCAUCUCUGAGGAGGAGCAUAUCAGAUAAAUAUGAUCUACGAGAUACUACAAUAUCUUCCCUCCAUUAGUUGCAUUGCUGCUUUGCUUAGACUUUUUUUUUUUUUUCCUGCUAGCCCAGCAGAGCUUAAAUAAUACAGGAAAUCUGGAAAACAGUCCUAAAAAAGGAACAUCUCAUCCUCCUCUUUCACUGUAGCCUUCCUUUGGCUCUUGGAAUCUGCCUAGUGUGCAUCUUCUGACUACAGACACACGCCUUGGCUGAAGCUGGAAAAGCAGAUGGAAGCUGCAUUUACAUUAAAGUCUCAACAGCUGAUAA